AUUACCUGAACACAUCUGUUCCUCUCCAUUUGUUUCUUCAAGAGCAAACUGUCAAAACGCUUGGUCUGUGUUCCCUGUUUGCUUAGCCCAAGUAGAGGAAAUGGGGAAAGUUAAUAUCCAUUUGAAAAGGAGCUUCCUUUGUUCAGUUGGUGUGAUUGCGGCUCUCAAUUUGCUGAUGUUGGGAUCCGCUAUUUUUGCUCAUGCGAACAUACAUUAUGAUGAAAAGACAGAGGAAACCACUUUGUGGCUGAAUGUAUCUUGUGUGUUUUGCACUACAACACUUGUCCUUGCCUUCUUCGGUGGGUUUGGUUCCUUGAAAGAAAAAAAGUGGCCAUUGAUAGUGUUUGCAGUUGGAAUGAGCGCAGGCUUCCUGUCAUUUGUUGCUUUAGAAGUUCAUGCUCAGGUUAUAAAAACCCAGAUGGAAGAUCAUAUAAGAAGUCACUUCCUGGACCUGCUGCCUCUAACUAAUGCCUCUCAAGACGAUUUAAAAAUGCUAAACAACGCACAGAUGCAAUUUCAGUGUUGUGGAGUCGAACAGGGUUACCUGGAUUGGAAGAACAACAUUUCACAAACUUGUCUGUGUCAUAAUAUGUCAAUAAAUCCAUGUGUGCCAGCUCCAAAAGGCAGCUUCCAGUUUACAGUGGAAGGUCCUGAAGAUCAGCCCAUCAUGAUUUAUUCAAAGCCUUGUAUUCCAUUGAUUAUUGAAGAAACCUAUUUUUAUCUUAAUAUCUCUUCUUGCAUCCAUGCGGGAUUCAUGAUAUUAUGGAUGUUGCCAAUAGGGUUGUGCAUUGCGAUUCUGUGUCAAAUCAAUAAGAAGCUGGAAACUCCUGAGGUGGUCUACAGUAAGGAAGCAAGAGCUGGAAAGUACAGUUGUCUUGUAGAGACCCCAGAUGAUUACAUUGCAUGAUUUCUGUGGUUUCAUUUCCAUUUUCUUCUCGACAUGACUGAAGGUACUGUAUAAUUAGGUCAAAAUAUAUGAAACUUUGCAAUAUUAAACCAACAAUCAGGUUCAGCUUUUUGUAGAAAUUUGAGCAAACAAAUGUAUUUAAUAUCAUAUCAUUUAAGGGAAGGGUGGACUGGAUUGUGAUUUAAUAAAAAUUAUCGUUUAAGGACCAGAUCCAUUUCAAGAAAUACACAGAAUCAUAAUAACAAACCCCUUAUAGGCGUCCAUGGUCUGUAAGGCUAAGGUUUUCUUAGAUCUAAUUUCACAGCCUUUAUUUCAGCGAAAGAAAUGUGAUUUUUGUCAACGCACUAAUGCAUAACUUUCUGCAAGAGAGGAGGGAGAUAUUUAAGAGUUAAAAUUUUUCUUUUUUUUUACUUGUUAGUUUUUGUAGUUCUACUUAUACAAAUGUUUUUUAAUAUUGUUCUAUAUUCUAACACAUUUUGUAAUAACUUUUUUUUAUAUUUUUGAAUGCUUGAGAAAAAAAAAAUUAAUUUCACAGCUGUGAGUUGCUUCUGGACUAUUAAUAAAGCUCAUUGUGCUGCAGAA